UCCUAUAUCUCCGAGUGAGGCUCCGGCUCAUUCUCUCUCGUUCGGGUGGAGCCGAGUGACGCCUCUUUAAGCGCCGCUGCUGUUGCCUGUCCUCAGUGCGGCAGCUAGCUACCAUGGAAGUGCAAUUCGCUCCUUUAAGACCCUGGGAUGAUUUUAUUUUGGGUUCGGCUCGCUUUGCCCAGCCGGAUUUUCGAGAUUUGGUGAAAUGGAACAAUCGAGUGAUCAGCAACCUGCUGUACUACCAGAGUAACUACUUGGCCAUGGCUGUCUGCAUCUUUGUAGUGAUCGGGUUUAUGAGUCCCUUGGAGAUCAUCCUAGGUGGAGCAGUGGUAGUACUGAUAUUCAUGUGUUCCAUGUGGGCUUCUGAAAAUAAGGCAGCUAUCGGUCAUUUCAAGCGUCGGUACCCAACUACGUUUGUCUUGACCAUCUUGCUGAUGAGCUACUUUUUCAUUUCCAUCGUUGGUGGAGUGAUGGUUUUCUUGUUUGGAAUCACUUUACCGUUACUUUUGAUGUUCAUACAUGCUUCCCUGCGGCUUCGUAACUUGAAGAACAAGAUUGAAAACAAAAUGGAAGAGGUCGGACUGAAGAAAAGCCCCAUGGGUAUCUUUCUGAAUGCACUUGGUCAGGAACAGGAACAUUUCUCUAAAUUUGCAGAUAUGUUGGCAGCUCAAAACAAAGACAAAUGAGUAACUUAUUCAUUUUGCACCUUAAUUUGGUAUAUGUUGUGCAGUAUUCCUGGAAUAAUAUUUUGCGAUCCACAACCUGAUAGUGAUAUUCCAUUGACAAGUAUUCCAAAGUACAAGUGGAUGGUGGUGUUUUUUUUGUUUGCAGAGUAAAAUGUAUUGUAGAAAAUGAACUGCUUGAUAUUGUGCCAGGCUGUACUUUUUUUGGCUUUAUGUAUUUUGAAGAAGUUUUGUUAAUUAGUUGCUAGCUAACAGCCAACAUUAUAAUCAUUUACCUGGAUGAUGUGUAUACUUGUGCACUUUUUUGUUGUAGUAUUGAACUUAAUUCUGUUAAUUGGUUAAGCUCCUGUUUUAGGGUUUAAGGAUGAAAUCUUAAAAUACAUUUUGAUUCAUAGGUAUGUAAGAAUCAGAAUACAUAGAUCUGAAUCUAUGGUGUUAUAUGAAAGCACGUGUGAUAUCUUCACAAUCUUGGUUUCCAAACUGUUUCAAAUGUACAAAAUUUCACACCCUUUUGUUCAGUGUGAUGUUGCCCACGGAUAUGAAUGAAAUACUUUUUGUAUUGCUUUUUGACUAUAGGUAUAUGGGGAAAUAAUAUGACCAAUUUAUCUUUAAUGUGCAUUCACUUGAUUUUUGAGGACACCCAGGUGAAUAGGGAUUAACGUGUGAAAUUGGGCUUGAAAGGCUCAGUGAAAUGAGGAAAACAUCAGCUCUUACAUUCUUAGCAAACCAUUAACUGUAAUAGCAGAAAUCAUUUGCAAAACUGGGUAAAUCCUACAUUAGAAAAAGCAGAAGCCACACCACCAGGUAGAAUGUUAAGCACAUGCCACCUCAACAUCCAUUUCAGUUCUUACCCUAUCUAAUAGGCCAGGAAAAGUGAGUUUAAAAUCGUGCCCUUGGGGUUUUUGGCUCAUUUAUUAAUAAAAAUAUUGCAAUACAAUUUUAAAACAGCUGCGAGGAUGCUUGACAGACAAUUGUAUAUGAUAUUUAACUGUUUGCAAGGCCAAAGAUAUGCAACAUCUCAUGCAUGCAAUAAAGGCUACUUUAAAUUG